GAAACAGCAUCCACCAAAAAUGGUUCGAGGACCCAAAAAGCAUUUAAAGCGUGUCGCCGCCCCUCACCACUGGCUUUUAGACAAGCUUUCUGGUACUUACGCUCCCAAGCCUUCUGCUGGUCCUCAUAAGGCUCGUGAGUGCCUUCCCUUGAUCGUCUUCUUGCGCAACCGUCUCAAGUAUGCCUUGAACGGUCGUGAGGUUAGAGCUAUUCUCAUGCAACGUUUGAUCAAGGUUGACGGAAAGGUUCGUACUGACAACACUUUCCCCACUGGUUUCAUGGAUGUCAUCAGCAUUGAGAAGACUGGUGAACACUUCCGCCUUGUCUACGACGUUAAGGGACGUUUCACCGUUCACCGCAUCACUGCUGAAGAAGCCAAGUACAAGCUUUGCAAGGUUAAGCGUGUCCAAUUGGGUGCCAAGGGUAUUCCCUUCAUCGUCACUCAUGACGGCCGUACCAUUCGUUACCCUGAUCCCUUGAUCAAGGUCAACGAUACCAUCAAGCUUAACUUGGAAACCAACAAGAUUGAAGGAUUCAUCAAGUUUGAUACUUCUGCCCAAGUCAUGGUCACCGGUGGCCGUAACAUGGGUCGUGUUGGUACCAUUAUUCACCGUGAACAUCACCUUGGUUCCUUUGAAAUCAUCCACGUUAAGGAUGCUUUGGACCGUGAGUUCGCUACCCGUCUCUCCAACGUCUUCGUUAUCGGUGAGACCAACAAGAGCUGGAUCUCUUUGCCUAAGGGCAAGGGUGUCAAGCUCAGCAUCACUGAGGAGCGUGACCGUAGACGUGCCCUUAAGGGACUUGCUUAAAUGUCUUUAGGAGUAGAGAAAUCAACUUAGGCUUGAAUUUCAAUAAAAAUAAGAGUAGUGAUUCCAUAUGGUGAAUAGAUGGGCAAAUAGUAAACGGUUUGUAUGUCUUGUUAGAAUGGAUAAUUACUUGCUAGGGAAGUUGAAACGUGGUCCUAUCUAUCGCCGUGGGUUACGCUUAUGAUAACCAAGUGUUCAGUGCUUCUGCAUUUGUUGCUUUAAGUGGAGUUCAAUUAUAAUAGCUAGGUGUAAUUGUAGGUUGAAAGGUUAGGCCUUUCUAUUCCAUUCAAGAGAUUCAAAAAAGGUCAGCAAUGCUUCUUGACUGAAAUGUCUG